UUGUUUGCAAUCCGCCAUUAAAUAAGAGAAGAAGAAGAAGAAGAAGAAGAAGAAGUAGAAGAAGGAGAUAAAAGAUGCUCGUCUUUCAGUAUUCGGUGACUGAGUCCUAAAGGCACAGUGGAAUACGGUGGCGGCAGCAGCAGGCAUCAAGCUUAGAUGAAGGAUGAAGAGCCCGGUGCACAGAUGCAGGGAUGUGGAGCGCGGGCAUGGGCAUGGGCAGGGCAGGGCUGGGGCCACCUGCCUACAGGCCGAGCAGCGCAUCCCCAUCUCCAAAGACGUCAUCACUUCGUCCUCUGCCUCCGCUAUGUGGUUCAUCAGGGACAUCUGUGGCAUUGUGUGCGCCGUCAUCACCUGGCUGCUGCUGUUGUAUGCAGAGUUUGUAGUGCUGUUUGUGAUGCUGCUGCCCUCCAAGAAUCUGAUGUACAGCAUUGUAAACGGAACCCUGUUCAACAUUCUGGCCUUCCUUGCCCUUGCCUCACACCUCAGGGCUAUGUGCACUGACCCUGGGGCAGUGCCAAAAGGGAAUGCUACUAAGGAAUACAUAGAAAGUCUUCAGCUGAAACCAGGGCAGGUGGUCUACAAAUGUCCCAAGUGCUGCAGCAUCAAGCCUGACCGAGCACACCACUGCAGUGUUUGCAAACGCUGCAUACGCAAGAUGGACCACCACUGCCCCUGGGUCAAUAACUGUGUUGGGGAGAACAACCAAAAGUAUUUUGUGCUUUUCACAAUGUACAUUGCACUCAUCUCCUUCCACGCUCUGCUCAUGGUGGUCUUCCAUUUCCUCUACUGCUUUGAAGAUGAUUGGACAAAGUGCAGUUCCUUCUCUCCUCCAGCAACCGUCAUCCUCCUCAUACUCCUGUGCUUUGAGGGUCUCCUCUUUCUCAUCUUUACCUCUGUGAUGUUCGGCACCCAAGUCCACUCCAUCUGUACAGAUGAAACAGGCAUAGAGCAGUUGAAAAAGGAAGAGAGAAGAUGGGCUAAAAAAACUAAGUGGAUGAACAUGAGGGCGGUAUUUGGACACCCUUUCUCCUUAUUGUGGUUUAGUCCCUUCUCCACCCCUGACCAUGGGAAGGCUGAGACCUACCAGUAUGUGGUGUGAGAGCUCAGCGCAUUGAACGAGGCGGCCAGGUCAAAACCAAAGUGUGAAAACCUUCCCAGCCCAUAGAGCUGACCUAUGGCUUUCAAUGAUGUAUAUUUUACCUCCCACACUAGCCAUUGACAGCUUUUCAUCUGCUUUUUGUUCUGCCAUCUGUGCGCUUUGUUUUAUUUUUUGUUGCCUUAAGUAAGUUGAGUUGCAGAGAAAAAGAAAGCACUUUCAGUUUGUGAAUCCUGUUUUGAAACACUGUGAUACAUCUGUUUCUUUUAUGAGCGGUUUCUAUUUCUGUUGUCUGUUGCUGUUGUAUCAGAACUUCUCUUUUCUUGCACUGUUUACUCUUUCCCCUAAAGGGUUAGUUCAGUUAAAUUCCAAAAAAACACUCACUUAUUCCUGGACAUGCUGAUGGUUUUAGUUUUGGGUGCUGAAAACACAAUGGAAGAGAAUGGAAUUUAAUAUAUGGCUGCCAUUAACAAUUGUUUUCAUUAUUGAUAAAUCUGCCAAAUAUUUAAUUUUAUUAAUCUAUAAAAUGUCAGAGAAUAUAAAAAAAAAGUUUUGUUCAACGAAGUUUUACAUUAAAAAUAUAAGAUAUUCGAUUCACUACCAUAAAGGACAACAUAAAAUAAUUUCACAUUUGAAGAGCUGCUUUGUCUAUUUUGGUUAAGAAAUUAUUAAACAAUUAUCAAAUAUGUUUUAGAAUAAUUUUGUUUUGAGUGACUCAAUAGACAAAUUGUUUAAACUAUAAUUAAUUUUUGGUCAAAGCAUAAAAGCAAAAAUGUCAUUGGGGAAACUCUGCAAUAUCAUUUUGCAGAAUUGAUAUCUUGGUUACUAAGAGUGAUUCACAGACCUCACUUCCAACAGUUUUCACAUGGACUAUUCUUUGGUAGAUAGUAAAUUAUUUAUUUUAAGUGAAAUAUGUGUAGUAACAAGGCAUUUGUUUCUGGAUAUAAAAUUUGCUCUUGAGUUUUUACAGACGAUAUUUUUCAAAGCGUGGAAGCACCGCAAACACAAUUUCAUUCACCUCUAUUGUACAAGGGUGAGAGCAGAAAAUUCUAAUCCAGGAUAAAUAAAACCCAAACUAUCUGCAUGGCUACAUACUAGUCAGUGGGAAAAUAUGUAUUUUUGUAAUUUGGAUGAAUUUACCCUUUAAAUCAUCCUCUUGUCAGACCUGGUGCCAAAUAAAGCACUGUAAAGGAACAGUUUGCUAUCAUUAUUGUGGAUGUUUGUGAAAAUAUUUUAGAUACAUCCAGUUGGGCAGAAAAAGUUAUUGUUCUGCUAGAAUAAAGUUGUGGCUUCUUUCACUCAUUCUUACAAUUAGUGAUGCACCAAUCCCAUGUUUUUUCCUGAUAUCUUAACUCACACCUGCCAAUAUCGAUUCCCAAGUGGCCUGUUUUUCCCUUUCCUUGGGAUAAUUUUUAUGGUGUAUCCCUAUUCACUAAAUGCAUGCAAUACCCAGUAUUGACUGUAAUACUGCAAUAACCCCCCGAACCCCCUGUGAAAAAUGUAAGUGGUAAAUUCAUGGGUGGUGUUCAAAGUGUCCACAGCUUACCUGUGAGACAAGUAGAUAGUAUCUUACCAUACAAUAAAACUUGUUUAAAGUCCCACAAGUGUUGUAUUUGAGCUUUACAUGAUGAGUGAAGGAUCCCUUUGAGAAAACUGCAUAAAAAUAAGGCCAAAUAAUUCACACUACAGUUUAAUCAUGUGUUUUUACUUAAAUAUUAAAUAUUAAUUACUUAAAUAUCUACAUUUUACCCAAGUGUGGGACUUCACCUGAUUCCUCUCCGAUACAUGCUUGACAUGAACAAAGACUUUGUUAGAGGACAGAGAUGGGUUUUUUUCCCUACCAAAAGCCAGGAAGUUUCUGUUCGUCCCACGAAACGGAAUCAAUUCAGAAUCAAAAAGCCAGCUUGCUUUGGUUUUGGCAGGUUUUCCUAAAUCAUUCUUCCAAUGCUCAAGGAGGAAAUUAAAUAAUUCAUAUGUCAGCUUCAUGUCUUUUAAGCAAUGGUUGUUAGAUUUGUCGGUAGAGUUAGCAGGCUGUCAACAAUCAUAUUUUAACAUAUGCUCAUUCUCCCUUUUUUGAGGAAAGGAUUGGCCUCCCUGUGUGUGUGUGUGUGUGUGUGUGUGUGUGUGUGUGUG